AUAGACAUGACAUAUGUGUACGAAUUAAUUUAGCAUCAUGGCCUACCUGACUGUGGUGAUCUUUCUGCUCUGCACGGCAUCCUUUGCUAAUGGAAAGUAUGACGUAGAACUGCCAGAUCUGGCGGCCAAUGUCGGGGCUACAGUUUUUGCCAACUUCAUCAAUGUGGCGAGUCUUGGACAGCCCCUGUCUGCACCAGGUCCUAUGACGAUGUUUGCUCCAAAUAACAGCGCCUUUGACAAGCUCUCGCCCGACCUUAUGAAGUUACUAAACACGAAUAUGACCGAGCUGGUGAACGUACUAUUGUACCACGUUUUAAAUGAGGAGUUGAGGAUUGACAAUGAGACACAGAACGACAUGUUGGUUGGUACUAUAUAUGGACCGUCUGUCAGGAUAAACGUGUAUGACGUGUACAAACAAUGGAAACUCGUCGGCAAGGUUACGACUGUUUGUGGGAAGGUUGUCCUGAGUGCGGACAACGAGGCCGACAAUGGCGUUCUGCACGUGCUCAAUGGCGUCCUGUUCCCCCCACCCGGCACAAUAAUGACAGCGUUACGCAAAUGUCCAGAGCUGACCAUACUAACUAAAGGCGUAACAGAUGUAGGACUCGCAGACAUACUGGACGGUGAUGGUCCACUUACAAUAUUUGCGCCGACCGAUGCCGCCUUCAAGAAGCUACCGGCAGAUCUGUUUGAGAAACUGAUGUCUAAUAAAACGGCGUUAAAAGAGGUGCUGACAUACCACAUCUGCGUAGGGACACAUUUCACUCAAGGUUUCUUCGCCAAGCAAUAUUCAAAUCUACUACAGACAUUGUCCCUUGGCUGGGUGGCCGUUAACACUACGGAAACCUAUUCCUCGGUGAACAAUAUAAAGAUUGCUUACCGGGACAUCAAUGUCAGUAAUGGGGUCGUGCAUGGCAUGGACACCGUCCUUCUACCCCAAAUACCGCCGGACGAAAACGAAGAAUCCUGCGGCACUGUCAAUGGUUACACGAUGGACUAUCCAGACAUCAGCGUCACUACCGGCGUUGUCCACGAAAAAGUGACAAUGUGGAGUGUAAGUAUCGCCAUUCUUUUCCACACGUUGGUCAUCCUACUGGUAGCUGGACACCAGUUAAUGUACCUGAGGGACAAGGUGUCUCUAGUCCAAACAGCCAUAAAUGAAGGGGAGUCUGUACUCGUGACGUUGGCAAGUCAGGCUGGACUGGACGAUCUACUGGCCAAACCAGGUAAUGUGACUCUGUUCGGACCAACUGACGAUGCGUUCUUUGAACUUCCCAUGGAGAUCCGUUAUGCCUUGGAGAAUGACAAUCUGACCAGACUGGCGUUCCUUCAGUAUCACAUAGUUAAUCAGACUAUUCACAGGUCUCAGCUGAAAAACGAGGCCACCUUCAACACACUCAGUGGGCAACCAAUCCGAAUCAACUUUUACCACAAUAAUACGGUGGCGACAGCAUCUGGUCGUCCUAUCGACCUGGGAAGGGUCGACUUGAACGCGACCAAUGGCGUGCUGAACGUCCUGGAUGGCGUCAUGCUUCCGCCCAUCGGAUCAAUGGCGGACGGAUGUCGCCAAUCAUCUCAGCUCAAGACGCUCACCACUCUUCUCAUAGAGUCCGCUGUCAUCAAGGAUGUCGGCACACUGGGACCUCUAACGCUAUUCGGACCAAGCGACGAGGCCUUCGCCAAGCUGCCAAAAGGAGCUAUUGAUGGCCUUCUUAAGAACACCACGGCACUCCAAGAGUUGAUGUAUUAUCACGUGGUAUUAAACACGUACUUCCGGGCUGGCAUGGAGACAGGAUCGCUGAAAACGCUGAGCGGCAAAUACCUCAAUCUCACCGUGUCUCUGGAUGGUGUCAAGGUAAAUGGUGCUAAUGUAAUAUCCGUGGACGAGACUGUUUCGAACGGCGUCAUUCACAUGCUUGACACGGUGCUUACUCCGCCUUAGUUCAGGAUGAUGUCAAUCAGUCAUUAUCUCCAAUCAGACACUUUGAGUUGAAAAACAGGCGAUAAUGCCCACGUAUGAUCUCAACUUCCAUGAACGCGUUGAGGUUUUAAUAUAGCUCAAUGUCAUUGAUGUGAGCUGUGUGAUAAAAUUACAUGUGCCAAAUUACAGACACGAUUCAUUAAGACCUAUUUACAUGCAAACUCUUCAAAGGGAUCGCCUGAAGAUAACAAAGGACGGUUCUCGGUUUAACGAGCCUAGCUGAGAGAGAAAUGUUUGACAAUCAAACCUUAAUUAAAACAGUGUGCAAUAAAGCCCAAUGCGGCACCUUAAAUCGUUCGGCAAUUGUCUUCUAAGCAUGCAUUGAUUGGCGAACUGUGGGCAGCGAAAGACAUUUAGAAUAUCUCCCUUCUAUUGUUCUGAAGAUGACCAUUGAUAUCGUAAUAUACGUUUUCAUUUAUGAAACAAUUGUAUCAAAAAG